CAAGUUUUAAUCGUUUAUUUUUCGUUUAUCCAUCAGAUGGCGACAUCUUCUUCCGCUUUUCUUCAAUUCUCCUGGAGAUUGCACCACUCGUGAAUUCGAUUACCAACAACCAAUGUUAUCAACUGGGCUAAUUGACUAAUUAGUUCACAUUUUUUGUUAUUUAUCUUUGUAUCAAGUGCUUUAUUGUUUUAACCAUUAAAGUGCUCAGUCUGGCUUAAACAUGUCCAAAUCCAGUGUCAAAAACCAGCAAAACCAAAAUAAUAGUUUGGACCAAUCACUCAACCAGCAACAGCUACAACAAAACCAUCAUCGCAGCAAAAACAAUGCAGAAAGGUUAAAGAAAAAGUUAAAACUUCAAGAGAUGAGGUGUAAUCUGAUGUCCAACGAGAUGACCAAAUUAAAGAAUAUGUUGUCCGUUAAGAAGAGGCAGUUAAAAUUAUGCGAGAAAAGAGCCAAAAGAGAGGAGAAAAAGCGUCAAGAUGAAGAGAAAAAAUUGAAAGAUAUGGAGAAAGAAUUUUUACGGUUAAAAAAAGAAAAUGAUGAAAUGAAGGAAAAUACCGCUUGUGAUUUAAUUAAUAAAAUUCCAGCAUCACAACCUGAAGCCUCGUCAUCCAAUUCAACUAUAAACAUAUCAUCUUCAUCAAUUACAUCUUCAUCUGCUCCGUCUUUGUCAUCUGGUGCCACGGGUAAAAAGAGAAACAAGAAAUCAAAAGCUAAAGUUGAACCGUCGUCUGAUCAAUCUAGCUUAUUGGAAUCUGUGAAACCUGCAGCAAAUGAUGAGACUAAAAAAACCACAACUUUGUUACCUAGUUCAUCAAAAGACUUGAAAAUCAAUGAAGGUGCCUCUUGUUCUGGUGUCAAUACUAGCUCCAUUAGCAAUAAUGUUAUAAAUAGCUCUCCUAUGGAACAAAAUAUUCAAAAUAAUAAGUUAGAAGACCUUUUUGAGAACGAAUUGAUGUGUUCUAUUUGUCAUGAGUUGUAUAUCAAACCAGUUGCCCUGGCUUGUUCACACAUCUUUUGCUUAUUUUGUAUUGAACAAUGGCGUAGCAAAUCUCAUCGCUGUCCUAUUUGCAGAAAGACUAUUUUAGAUACUGCACCCCAAAAUAUUUUGGAAAAUGUGAUUGAAAAAGUUGUGAGCACUAUGGACGAUGAGUCUCAAAAAAGACGAGCUGAUGUGGUCGCAGAUAGGCCCACUUCAACUGAACGAUUUUCAAGAAAUGACGAUACUCGUUUUCCAGGUCGACGCCUUUUUUUAUCAAAUUUAAGUGCCUGGAAUGGUUUUGGAGAGAUUGAGAAUUCUUCGGAUUCUAUUUCUCACAGUGAUUCAUCCUCUAAUCGGCGCCCCGGCUUUGAUACUUUUCCACCAUUUCCUGCCUACGGUAUUUUCGGCAACAGGUCGGAAUCUAGCUUGUCAACCUCAGAAUCUUCAAAUAUCGAGCAUGAUGACUCAAAUUUUGAUGAGUUCUUUCAAGGAUUUCUCGGUUAUUUAGCUGAAAAUGGUCACUCGCUUGAUGAAGACGACGAGGAGGAUUACGAGGAUGAAGAUGAAGACGAUGACGAGGACGAUGAUGAUUUGGACGAUAGUGAAGAUCCGGACGAUAUUGAUGAUGAAGAUGAGGAUGAGGACGAAAGUCUUAGUGAAAGUGAAACUUAUGAUAUUGAUGACCGAAGUGAUUCAAGUAUAGAAGCAUUAAAUGAUUAUUCAAAUUAUGAUGAAGAAGAUUAUUAUCCUUCUCCUAUCACUAUUGAUAGUGGAUCGUCUGCUUACUCUGGUUCUUCUGUUGGAUCGUCUUUCAUGGAUGAUGAAGAUGGCGAUCAUGAUGACUCUGGUAGUGACAGUACAUCAAAUUCUGGUGACUCCAUAAGUUUUGAUUACCUUUGAUUGGUGGACCUGAUUUAUGAUAAUAUUAACUCUUCACCAAGUUAAUUCUAUUUAUAAAGAUUCUAUUCUAUCAACAAUGAGUUCCCGUUUUUCAGUCCUUUCUACGACUUUCCAAUUUGUUCCUUACUUUAUUUAGUUGCUGAAACACAGCCAUGUCGAGAUAAAGUUUAAGGAAAAGAAAAAAUUAAAUCAGCAAAAUAUAAACAAAUUUAGCUAAUUAAUACUUCAUGUGAAUGUUGAUUUUACUUUUUCUCUUUUGUCUAAGUAAACCUGUGACGAAGUCAAAUGUCUUUGUAUAAAGAAAAAGGUAAAUAAAAGAAGAAAAUUUGAUAAAUUCUAUUAUUACACACUAAA